AUCGCUCGAGAGUUCCGUCAAGAAAAUCUUUAACAUCUUUUCCGUCCGGCCCGUAACCUUUUCCCUGAGCAGCUUGCUUCUCUCGCCGCGUUACCAAGCAGGAGCAGUUCAGGAAACCCAGCUCUCGCUCACACUCUCUCAGUCUCACUCACGCCCCUUCUCUCCUCUCACGCUCUCUCCUCCAGCUCCACCCGACCGACCCGCCCGCGCCGUCCCCAGCCCCUCAGCUCUCCCCGGCCGCCAUGGCGGUGAGCAACAACAUCACGGCGUGCGUCACCUUCAUGGUCCUGCUCUGCACGGUCCCCAUCGCCGCCACGGGCGUCUGGCUCGCCUCCCGCCACGGCGGCGAGGGGUGCGCGCGCCUCGCCCGCUGGCCCGUCGCCGCCCUCGGCGCGCUCCUCCUCCUCGUCGCACUCACGGGCUUCCUCGGCGCCUACCGCAACCGCAAGGGCCUCCUCGCCUGCUACCUCUUCGCCAUGGCCGCGCUCAUCACGCUUCUCCUCGCGCUCCUCGUCGCCGCCUUCGUCGUCGCGCACGACUCCGGCGCGUACGCGGUCCCCGGGCGCGCCUACGAGGACUACCGCCUCGAGGGGUACUCGCCGUGGCUGCGGAGGUACGUCGCCGGCGACCCGGACCGGUGGGAGGGGAUCCGGGCGUGCGUCACCGGGUCGGGCACCUGCAGGAAGCUCGCCAUGGAUAGAUCCUUCAUCGUGCCCGAGCAGUUCUACAUGACGCACCUCUCGCCCAUCGAGUCCGGGUGCUGCAAGCCGCCGACGGCGUGCGGGUUCGCGUACGUGUCCCCGACGGCGUGGUCGGGCCCCGCGGCGAACCCGGCGGCGGACGCGGACUGCGCGGCGUGGAGCAACGACCCGGGGCAGCUCUGCUACAGCUGCGGCUCCUGCAAGGCCGGCGUGCUGGGGGAGCUCCGGGAGCAGUGGCGCCGGGCCAGCGUGGCGCUGCUCGCCGCCACCGUCGCGCUCAUCUUCGUCUACGUCGUCGGCUGCUGCGCCUUCCGCAACGCGCAGACCGAGGACAUGUUCCGCCGCUACAAGUGGGGCAACAACUACUGACCUGCACGCGGUCGACGGCUCGAGCUGGGCCGUCGUCGUCCUUGACUCUUGUCGAUCUCUCGCCGGUGUAAGCAAGCGAGGGAGGUGAGUUCUGUUUGUAAUGUCGUCUGAAGCUUGUAAGAUGAUGGUUUUGGUGCCGGUGAUUUGAGCAAGAAUUUCGACGAAA